AACCAAGGAUGUGUCUUCUUCUCUUUGCAGGCAGCUUUGGAAUGUGUGCUCCAGAGACUUCACUUUCUUCCCCAAAGAGAAGAUUUUAUUUCAAUUAAAGCUGUUUACUUGGCACCUCUGGGCGACCCUUUUUGGAAGAGCCACAGCCAUGGGUGGCUUUGGAGUCUCACCUCGAAGGCACAAGUUCAUCCUGCUCGUGCUCUUUCUUUUGCACAUUCAGAGUCUGGGUCUGGACAUGGAAAGUCAUCCUACCACCGAAGUCUGUGCCACUCACACCAUUUCACCAGGACCCAAAGGAGACGAUGGUGAAAAAGGAGAUCCAGGAGAGGAGGGAAAGCUUGGCAAAGUGGGACGCAUGGGGCCAAAAGGAAUUAAGGGAGAACUGGGUGAUAUGGGAGACCAAGGCAACAUUGGCAAGACUGGGCCCAUUGGCAAGAAGGGUGACAAAGGGGAAAAGGGUUUGCCUGGGAUUCCUGGAGGAAAAGGCAAAGCAGGUACUGUCUGUGAUUGUGGAAGGUACCGGAAAGUUGUUGGGCAACUGGACAUUAGUGUUGCUCGCCUCAAGACAUCUAUGAAAUUCGUCAAGAAUGUCAUAGCAGGGAUUAGGGAAACGGAUGAGAAAUUCUACUACAUCGUGCAGGAAGAGAAGAGCUACAGGGAAUCCCUGACCCACUGCCGGAUCCGGGGCGGCAUGCUAGCCAUGCCCAAGGACGAAGCUGCCAACACACUCAUCGCGGACUAUGUAGCCAAGAGUGGCUUCUUCCGGGUCUUCAUCGGGGUGAAUGACCUUGAGAGGGAGGGACAGUAUGUGUUCACGGACAACACGCCACUGCAGAACUACAGCAACUGGAAGGAGGGGGAGCCCAGCGACCCCUAUGGUCAUGAGGACUGUGUGGAAAUGCUGAGCUCAGGCAGGUGGAAUGACACAGAGUGCCAUCUCACCAUGUACUUUGUCUGUGAGUUUGUCAAGAAGAAAAAGUAACUUCUCUCAUGCUACACAUUGGUUAUUCCCUGUGACUACCAUUGCUGUCCUUUUUAUCUAUCCUUUUCUCCCUAGUUAUGCUAAAUUUUUCUGACUCAGGACAAGUGGGAAGUGCUAAACUGAGGUUUGGAAUCUCCAUCGCCCUGUUCUUUGGUGACAGUUUUAAAGAUUUGCAUAUAUAGUAUAGUAUUGAGCCAACAGCUUACAUGGAUCUCAAGAAAGAGUUUGAAUUGUUAGUUGUGUGGGACCUGGUUGUUUAUGCCUCAAAUAAAUGUUCUCUUGGCAUUUGCUCUGUCCCCUCUCCCUAGAGCCCUAAUUGCUCUCUACCUGGCCCAGAAGAUAAUUGGGACAGUUGGUUGGUAAGGACUAGGAUAAUCUGUCAUUCCCAAAGUCAGACAUGUGGGAGGGUCUUAUGUUUUCUAGAAAUGCCAAGAUAUUAUUCAUCUUGGAAUCCAAGAUCCCUAGUUCUUUGAUUCGUCAUCACCGUAGCCAUUCUCAUACUUGCAAGUCCCUCUUGUUCACACAAACAUAGGAACACUUCACCCCCAACCUCUACAUGAAGAAUUUCUGGGCCAGUGACCUGUUCCAGGCCAUAUGGAAACACAGAGAAUCUUUUUGUGCUUCUGACCUAUAAUUUUCAGUGAAGAGUAUCAGGUAGCUUCCCUGGCUCCCUUCCUUUAGGCCUACAACUUAAUCCCAAACCCCCCAGAUGAUUAACUCUCUAACUUGAGGAAAAGGGACCUUUAGAAAUUAAAAAGAAAAAAAAAGAAGAGUGUUUGUUCCCAAACACUAUGAUGUCUAAUCCUCCUGCUAAAUUGCCCCUUGCUACUAAUAUGGCUCCAUUUUUCCUUGUCUUAGGUUGACUCAUAUCAACUUUCCUCUCUUAGUCAUGGGGAAUGAUGGAUGGGGUUUCUGAAGCCUUUGGAAAACUCUAGAAGCUUCCUAGUGCUACCAACAUCAAGUCUCUAAUCCCCCUCCUCCCUAUAUCUAAUUUAUCACUCGGGCCAACAUGUUGUGGAAGGCCUUUUACUGCCAUAACUACAUGUUGUAAAAUCCCAGCACAGAGAUGCCCUUUCUAGUACUCUGACAUCACAGGAAUGUCAGGCAUGGAGUUUGGAACAUGCCUAGGAAUCACAUUUACUGAGCUGAUGAAGUUCUACUUUGAACUACAGAUCAAACUUCUAAGCAGCUUUCAUUUUGGAA